AGGACUGGUGGGCGCCCAUCCUGACCCUGGCACGCAGGACCACAGCAGCCGCGCAGAAGAAAGGAAGACAGCAGUGCCUUGCACAAAAGCCAUGAACAACAAUAUCAGCGUUGUGGGCAGUAAAAAUACAAAUACUUGACCAAGCAGAUCCACAGAUUUGCAAGUGCAAUGAGCAGCCAUGCCAAACUCGGGGGGUGAUGACAGAAUGGACCCCAUGUUCACAAGCCUGUGAAAGAGGGAGGCAGAGCAGACAAGUGACAUGUACCCAACCACUGAGCACAGGAGCCCUGAGGAGGGCCCCCGAGGGGCUGCGUUGGGCUCGCGCCAGCCUCUGCCCAGUGCUGCAAGGGCCAGGACUACGUGACCCUGUGGGGGGCAGGAGUACGGUCAAGUGUGGCAAAGGUGUGGGUCCCUGGAGGGCGAGGUGUGCCACUAACCCCAGAAACAACAGCCUCCUCUCCACCACACCCUCAACGAGGCUGAGGGCGGUGGGAUUACUCAAAAUGCUACCUGGGGUGAAAUGCUACCUGCUCUAAGCCCACCAUAGGAACUUUAGACUUUUUUUUGUUUCAAAAAAUCGUUCCCAACACCACGGACACACUGGGGUCAAAGCCCCUCUUAGGAGCUUGGCUGGCCCCGCCCCCUCCACAGGGUCACCGUGGAAACGUGGCUAAGGAGAUGCCUGCCUUCCACACUCCACAUUCCACAUGGCAGCUGUGGGAGAGUAAGAUGGAUUCCAGCUCUAACCCGCUGGAGAGGAAAGGGUGAAGGGAUGAGGAAGCAGCAUCCGGUGCUGAACUGGCAUGGGAGCCUAACCAAGUAGGUGAUGAAGAUCUGGCACCCUAGAGAACAGGACAACCUCAAUGUAAUGGAACUGAACCAGGGGACACGAAUCCUGAAACUGCCUGAAGUGCUGAGAUCCCAGAGGCUGAAGUCGGGCUCCAAUGGCCAGAGAAAAACCAUUCAGUUUUCCCUGGACUCCAAUGAAGAGGAAACCACAGCCCCCAGGAGCCAGGAUAGCAGUGCUGCCAGCUCCAGGACUUCACUGCUGCUGAGGGUCAAGGCGCCAAGCAGGAACUCCGUGACACCGAGGUCCAAAGAGGCCACCAGGACCGCGCUGCUGAGGUCAGCCACGUCCACCGGGGCCGCGGUGCCGGUGCUAGCCAAGCCCGACCCAGUCAGUAUCCAGGUGAGCUGGGACCCACGGGGGUUCUGGGCAAUGGACACUAGUACUAAGCUCAGACCCCAGGAACCAGGAAUACUUCCUACAAGGGAGGACUCCAGUAGUCCCCCUCCAUCAUAUUUUCGUUUAAUAAGUGAUUUUUUGAAGCCAGAGAAACCAACCAAGGCAGCAAUGGGGCUUAUAAAAAAGACAGUAGAAGUGUUGAAGUUAGACCACCAAAUAAGAGAAACUAAAAUCCAGCAAAAAAUGGUAACAGAGGAAGCUGCAUUCCUACUCAAUGAAAAGUUACCUGUCCAGGCUGGCACGACAGUCAUGCUAGCAAACCUGACCAACAAAGCUAAGGAGUACAGAAAAGAAAUUGAAAAUCAGUGGCACACCUAUGCACAAGUAAGUGGCGAGACCUUACCAACGAAACAAGAAUUAGCCUCCAAAUAUGCAAAACAAACUUCAGACUUUAAAACAACACCGCUCUUGGGGAAGGAAAUCCUGGAAUACAGUUUGAAGCAGCAGUUGGAGGCAGUGAGGGACAUGUCACAGGUAAGGGAGAAACAGCAGAAAGAACUGCAGACAUUACAGAAGAAGCUAAAGAAAGCCCGAGCUAAGACAGCUGCAAAGGCCCAGGCCCGGUACCUCCAGGAAAAAGCAUUACUGGAGAAGCAACUGAAUGAACCAGCCAUGGGCAUGAUGGGAAAGAGGGAAGAAAAGGAACUAAAAAGGAAGGUCCGGGCCUUAGAAGUGGCAGCAGAGAAGCGUGCUUCUGAGUUGCAACGCCUCCGAGCAGAGGAGGAGGAAUCACACCAGGAGGUAGAACAGCAGCCCCAGCAGCCCCCGGUGGACAAGACGCCCCAGAGCUGGUUAAAGCUUCAGAAGGGGCAUCUGCAGAAACAUUGGUCUGUAAAGCGCAUACCUGAGAGGCCAGUACUGCAGCCCGUUGCUCCAGGACCACCACAGGCUGCCCCAGGACCACCACAGGCUGCCCCAGGACCACCACAGGCUGCCCCAGGACCACCGCAGGCUGCCCCAGGACCACCACAUGUUGCUCCAAGGAGCAGAAGAAGAAGUUCCGUAGCCAUCGAUUCCAAUCAGUCCACAUUACUUUCUAAAUUGUCACAGAUUCAGUAAGGACUGGGGCAAGGAUUCCUAGGUGCUGCCUAAACCUGGUGAAGAAGGUUUUUAGACCUCAUUGCCACUGUAAAAUGCCCAUCGCGAUGUGUUAGUGUGAAGGAUUAGGUGCUUUGUUACAGCGGAACUGCUAGAUAUUUGUGCUACCAGCCUCCCUUCAUUCGGAUUUUCUUUCAUUAGCUCCUGGUAGUAAGCAGGGUGUUCCUCAAGUCUUCAGAUAACCUAACACCAUUUGCCAAACGCUCCUACAUGAAACGAAGUUGAGGAAACCACCUUGAGGACUUGAGAGGAAAACAGUUGUGUGAUUUAUGUCAUCUAGCUGAAGCAGAUUUCUGUAUAAAAGCACGUUUAAGGAUAGCAUCUCAGAUUGACUUUGUAUAGUGCUUUCUGCUCUUUAACCAGCCAACAUCGGUGUACCCUCAUUCCUUUUGGCCAAUUCAACACAAAGGCAAAAUGUUUUUAAAAUUUUUUUAGAAGAAAUUUGUGCCAAGUAGGCACAAAUGACCAGGUAGCCCCUCCUAUAGUUUGCUCAUGAGUGAGAAGGUAUUCUUAUAACAUCAAGAUCAAUAAAUGCUAGGCAGAACAACCUUUUAUCUGAGGCAGCCCUUAACUUUUAACUUUCAGUAAAUUGAAAAGGGAAGAUAGAGGGGACAUAUAUUACCUCAACUCUUUUGAAAAAAAGGUAUUUAUGAAGAAAUACCUUUACAAUUAAUAAGGUGGCUGAAUGCCUCUGCUUGUUUUGUCUGUUCGGUUUUAAAGUAUCAAAAGAAAAAAUUUAAAUAUUUGGAUGACUUUUUAGAGUCUUGUGCUAUCUCUUUCUGUAGCAACACCCUAAAUUCUAAGAUGACAGCAUUACUUAAUGUUAACUAUAGUAAGUACUUUAGCUUCAGGUCCCCUAUUACAUUUUCAUACUGUAUGCACUUAAUAGUGCAUGAAAUACCUUUUGUAAUUAACAUGUGCCAUAUAUUUAUGCUAUUUAAUAGAACUGGGAACAGUAAUUUAAAUUAGUAUAGACUUUAGGGUAAUUUUUUUACAUUUAUGACAUAUUGAUGGUUAGACCAGUGGUUUAUUUGAAUGCUGAGUUCUAGUACAGAAAUAUAAUCCUCUAUGUCAACAUUGCUUUUCUAUGGGGAAAUACAAUCAACUGUAUGUUUUCUGGAAAUUGUCAGUAAUGAAAAACUUCAAAAUAACUUUAUUGAACUUUAUUUUAUGUGUAAAAUGAAUUCCUUUAAGUUGCAUUACAAAAAGGACUCUACCUCAAUGUGCCUUUAACUUCUAGCUUGAACAAUUUUUCUGUUAAAUACUCCUUAUUAAAUAAACAUUUCGUUAUUAAAAAG